AAUUGUCCGCAUCAACUCGAAUUAAAAUGUUCGUCUUAGCUGAGAUGAAGGACACUGUUCGAAUAAAACCAUGGCAUUUUGGAGUAGAUCUACGAGAAGCUAUCGCCAAUAAGUUGAAUAAAAAGCUUGCUAACAAGGUAAGCCGAUAUAGGGGUGCUUGGUGCUACUGAAACAUCAAGCUCAUCACCUUUCAUGUGUAUUGUCGUCAGGUUGUCCACAACGUUGGUUUGUGUAUCGUUUUACACGAUAUCACCUCCAUUGGUGAUUCUUAUCUUUUUCCUGGAGAUGGAUCUUCGCAUACUCCAGGUAAGUAUGGCUGUAAGAAAUUUGCAAAUUGAAAGUUAAAAUUGCAAGAUCAAAUCGUAAGAACAUUGAAUGUUUAAAUCUGCACAAAGGAUCUGAGGGUAGAUUUGCUGAUGAUGAACAUAUCACUUCCGUUCUAGUUAAGUUUCGUUUUGUUGUGUUUCGUCCAUUUAUUGAUGAAGUCCUAACUGGUAGAAUUCGCAGCUGUAACCAUGAAGGUGUUCAAGGUACUAUGAUGUCAUAAAAUUCAUUUAUUCCAAAGCUAAGGCCAUGUUAUGAUGUACUAGGUAGCCUACGGGCAGGCUCACGUGUGCAAGUCUGGGGAAAAUUUUUGGCGGCAGAGCUGUUGCCUGGCGUCGCAGAUGCUCUAAACUAUACAAAUGGUUUAGACGAGUGUGUGGGCCGGCUGCAACGAAGGCUACAGAGCCGGAAAACAAGUGAGCCGGCUCGCAGGCUAUGUGUUAGGGAGGUCUUCCAAUGGGGGGGAUGCUGCGGCCUUGUAGGUUAAGAAAAAUGCUGCUGUUGCGUUUUAGCUGGGAAGAAAAUGUUGCUGUUGGUACAGCAUAAAUUUUUGUGAUUCUCAAAUUUAGAAUUUACGGUAGAUAUAGUGCCUGGAAAGAAUUAAUAUAUUGUUAUUAAACUUUCUCCCUGGAGGGACCGUUCUUCAAUAAUACCAACAGUGGAAAAAAAUUCAAAGAAAAUAACAGAAAAAGUCUGGAAAUAAUGGUAGAGAGAUUGUUAUUUCGCUGCGAAAUACAAAACAGCCAAAUUUCCGUUCUAGUUAAGUUUCGUUUUGUUGUGUUUCGUCCAUUUAUUGAUGAAGUCCUAACUGGUAGAAUUCGCAGCUGUAACCAUGAAGGUGUUCAAGGUACUGUGCUGUCAUAAAAUUCAUUUAUUCCAAAGCUAAGGCCAUGUUAUGAUGUACUAGGUAGCCUACGGGCAGGCUCACGUGUGCAAGUCUGGGGAAAAUUUUUGGCGGCAGGGCUGUUGCCUGGCGUCGCAGACGCUCUAAGCUAUACUAAUGGUUUAGACGAGUGUGUGGGCCGGCUGCAACGAAGGCUACAGAGCCGGAAAACAAGUGAGCCGGCUCGCAGGCUAUGUGUUAGGGAGGUCUUCCAAUGGGGGGUAUGCUGCGGCCUUCUGGGUAAGGAAAAUGCUGCUGUUGCAUUUUAGCUGGGAAGAAAAUGUUGCUGUCGGUACAGCAUAAAUUUUUGUGAUUCUCAAAUUUAGAUUUUAUGGUAGAUAUAGUGCCUGGAAAGAAUUAAUAUAUUGUUAUUAAACUAUCUCCCUGGAGGGACCGUUCUUCAAUAAUACCAACAGUGGAAAAAAAUUCAAAGAAAAUAACAGAAAAAGUCUGGAAAUAAUGGUAGAGAGAUUGUUAUUUCGCUGCGAAAUACAAAACAGCCAAAUUAUAAAAGACAUCAGAUGUUGCUUUUGCUACUCAAAAAAUAGAUUGUCACUGUCAGAAUUCUUUCCUCCUUUUCUGUCGAUUGUCAGUGAUUUCUGAGAAGAUUGUCACCAGUUUUAAGGACCAUGUGUCCUGUCACUUCCACCCCUUGAAAGGCCUCACUAGGUUGUUAUCUGACACAUGGCCUGCAUCCAUGAGCAAAGAUGAGAGCAUACUGUAUGAUGAUGAAAUAAGAUGAAAAAUGGUACAUCUUUCUUUAUUUACCAUGAAUGCUCUUGAUAUUGCUGAUCCUUGUAGUUUAUUCAUGUGUCACAUAUGAAUCUUCAUUGGCUUUGCCCUCUAUGAGCCUCUCUGCAGCUGGAUACAGUGCUGCUCACAGGGUGUUUUGGAGGUCACAGGUCUAAAUCCUGUCAGGGAGCCAAGAUUUUUUCUGUCUCAUUCACCACCCAGCUUAAAAAUUCACCACCUUACUUUCGUAUUUAUCAGUCUUUAAUUUGAUAAAAAUUAAUAUUAGAUUGUUAUACCCAAAACUGAACUCUUUCCUUUUAACUGAUAAUGGCUUCAAUUACCUACCUUAGUUCCUCAACCUCUGUGAUUUUUUUUCAGUCACUGUAUUCUUCUUUCUAAUCUGCACUCUAUAUGUUAAAAAUAUUUUUGUACAUGUAGCUAGUACAUUGAAAUUAGAACAUUAAACAAAAACAUUUUGAAACACCAAUAAAAUCAAGGCUGUGCUCUAAGGAAAAUUGAAGGGAGCCCAGUGCUCUGAAUCUGUAAAAUCUAGGGUGCAUGCCCAGCAUAUGAUUUGUAUGAAAAAUCUGCCAUUUUCUAGUCACCCGAGGGCAAAAGUUAGGUGCCAGGGGCCACCCGGCUCUGCUAGAGCACAGCCCUGAAAAUGAAUGUUUUUCUUCUUUCACAGUAUCUAUGGAAUUCUUCGAUGAUAUUAUUAUCCCUUAUGAGUAUCUUCAGCAACCUUCCAAGUUGUAUCCUUUUAUAAAAAAAAAGUUCAGUUCCCUUUAAUGUAAUGUGGCAAGAGGAUUUGACAUGAGAUUGAAGGUCACACAUCCCUUCAUUUCCUUAAGUGCUUUUAGUAUUCAUAUAUAUUACAGUACAUUAUAUUUACUUUUAUCCCUACUAAUGACACUGUUAAAGACUUUUUGCUUUUCUUCACUCUUUUAAUACUUAUACAUUGAUAUUUUCACAUUGUAAAAUGUACUUUGCUCUGUUCCUUCCUUCCUUUCUUUUUUUUUGUGGGUGAUGAUAAAUUCAUUAUAAAAAUAUUUUUAUGUUGACAGGAUAUAUUAAAAGAGGACUUGAUUCUGCAGUCACAGAACAUUAAUAAUUAAUGUUCUGUGACUGCAGAACAAGUUUAUACAGUGUAUAGGGAAGGCACUGAAGUGUAGAGUGUAUACUGCAGCUGAUUUGUUUCUCUUUAACCACACACUCAGUGAUGAGGAUGAACAGUUGUGGGUUUGGGAAUAUACAACAGAUGAAGGAGGACAUGACUUGUUCAUGGAUAUUAAUGAGGAGAUUAGAUUCAGAGUUGUAGAUGAAUUAUUUACUGAUCUCAGUCCUGCGGGGCCUGAGAUGACUGGUGACAUGAAAAAUACUGAUGAGGUUGACAGUAAAAGGUCCCCAUACUCUAUUACAGUAAGUCCUGUCAUUGUUUUUAUAAUUUACAUUGGAACCCCCUUAAUACAGUCACCAAAGGGUAAAAAACGUUGGCUGUAUUAACAGGUUGGCUGUAUUACAGGGGUAGGGUCCCCGGGGGGGGGGGAUUCUUUAGGAAGUUCUGGGUGGGGAUGUGCCGCUGGGGUCCUGGAACCCUUAACCUAUACCAGAACUAGUUCAGCUAAAUUCUGCUACCCUAUACUAGAGUAAACUCCCCAAAUCCCCCCUAUCCUAGAGUAGCUGUUUCCCUAGGCUAGAUAAAAUCUUCAACCAACUGAUCAGUUUCCUGAAAAAUGAUACCCUAUUCUAGACCCAAAUGUUCUGAUUUAUAUACCCUAUCCAAGAGUAAACUGCUUGAAAACCAUACCCUUCACAGUGGCACAUACCUAUAUAGCCCAUAUAUGGCAGUAACCCCCCCUGGCAGGGUCAAAUUUCAUGACAGUAUUAAUAAGGGUUAAUUUUUUACAAAAAAAGUCUGGCCAUUUUGUCUGGUCAAAGAAAAGUGGCCAGUAUAACGAGGUGACCAUUUUACUGAGGUGGCCGUAAGGCAGGGUUCCACUAAAGUGUUGGCAGAAGGCCGAAGCCACGAGUGGCUUAGCUUUUUGCGUGGGUCACUAUAAAGACUUGACAGAAACCAAAAACCGCGCUAGAAAAGUUUCUGGCACCCAGGGUAGGGUUCCACUGUAAUUAAUAUUAAAUCUUUUUCCCUUAUGUUAAGAUUUGUGCAAUUCACCUUACAUAAAAUUAUGUAUUGUAUUAUAGACAUUACAACAGUAGUGAAAGAUUACGUGCAUAUUAAAUUUGUUUUUGGUUAUUAUGAGGUGAAGCUAAUCAGAAACUUCAAAUCAUGAGCCUACAUAUUGUUAGGUUAUUCGGAGGUUUUAACAACAACAAGCAAAAAAAAAUUCUUAUAAUUCUAGAAACGACACAGCAGUUAAUAGAUUCUUUCAACUGCAAUCAGAGAACCAAUCAAGAUGUUGGGAGAGGAAGAAUAGAAAUAACAAUCAAGCAUAACUAAAAUUUGUACUUUAAACACUAAAACAUUACCUGUAAUAGGUAACCUAUGGAGGAGAUGUGUUUGUUAUAUAGUAGUGUAUGUAAUAUUAAUGACACAAGAGACGUUUACAUUCAAGAUAAUAAUAAUAAUAAUAAUAAUGCCACGAGGAAGUUGGAAAACCGUUCAUUUUUAUUAUAAUCUUUGUGACAGUAUUAUAAGGCAACUACAGUUAAGAAUAAAACAUUUUAAUCAAUUUUUAGGCAUCUAUAAGUGAACCUGGUCUGGGCCUCAAAUCAUGGUGGGCUGGCUGA